UUUCAUUAAUUUUUAGUAUAUUUAUACAUGGUAGAGUAUAAUAAUAGAAGGUUAAGGUUUUACAUUUUUUCACUGUAUAACAUACACAGGGACUGUGUUCAAACUUGUAAAAAUCUCGAAGCUCUGACCAAAAUCCAGGCGUUUACACUUUAUGAGCUGUUGAAACCGAAAAUUCAUUCCGAUGAAAAUGAUUUGAAGUUUAACUUUCUCCUAUUGGUCACUAAAUGUAUCAUUGUACAAAUAACUAAUGAAAAUAUUGAAAUAUGGGACGGAAAAUCUAAAGGUGUGUACGAUCUGGAUAAGAUUUUAACUCCCUUUAAAACCUUAAAAAUGGAGGAUAAACAACUGUCAGCAUUUGUGGAUACAAUUUUAAAGAAUAACAUCCCUCAUCCUAAUUCCACAACUCUAAAGUAUAAUAAUAAGUUCAAAUCUUCAGAAACAAAGCAGAAACAAAAUCAGCCUAAUCUGGCUGAUAUAGACUCUUACAUAAACAAUCCCAUGAUGUUUUUUAACUCUGAGAUUGGUAAAGCUUUGAAUAGUUUUCCAGGUGAUUUUACAAUAACUGACUUGAUUCCCAGUCAGAGAGUUUUAAUUCCUACUGGAGUUCUUCAUCUGUCAAACUCUUUUAUUUAUCCAUUUAUCCAGUCACUUAAACAAUCCGACUCUGAGUAUAAGUAUGCUCAGAAAUUGAUCAAAUUUGUUUUAAACAAGAAGUAUAUAUUGAAAGAUGGAGAUAAUUUAAGAACUCCGUCCCAGAUAUUCAUACAGUGCUCAGGCCAGAUCCUGUAUAAUCAAAUCAUUAGACCCUCCGAUUCCGGUAAAAAGGCUCAAAAAGUGGGCUGUAAGUGGUCGAAAAUGGUUAUUUAUAGAAGAUUUCUAUACUUUAAAAGGGGAAAUACCAGGGAAAACAUACCCUUCAAAACAGUAUUUGACUCUUUUGAUAACAAUAAAACUACACUGUGGAAGUUUUUCACAUUUAUAAUUUUUAAUAAUAGAUACUACUCAGAAAGCCUCAAGGAGAGAAAGGAGUCUCUAAACUGCUUUCUUAAGCUAUCCAACAACAAGAUCCCAACGAACGAAAAUGAUAACACUGGACCCAAGAGUGUUAAGUCUCGUAAAACUCUUUUACAAGGCUUAUUCUCACAUUUCUCUAAGUUUAUGGAUAAUUUAAAGACUGUAGUCUGGGAGGAAAAGAAAUACUUGCGAAGUGGGCCCUUGGCUGAAACUAAUUUGAAAACUGUUCCUUUUUCUAACGUUUACAAGUAUAUUAAAUCAAUUGUAGAGCAGACAGUUACUCCUGAAUUACUCUGCGGAAAUUCAAACUAUUUAAAAUUUUUAAAGGUGUGUUAUUCCCUGAUAACGCUGAAUAAGGGUGAAAACCUCUCAAUGUCUGAAGUUAUGAAGGGGUUUAAGAUUAAAGAUUGUGUAUGGACGGGGCGGGGUUACCAUUCCAUGGGUCAAACAAGGACAAUCCUUGACUAUUUAUGUAGAAUAAUAUUCUUUGUUCUACAAUAUUUGAUCGUCCCAGCAUUGGGAAGGUUUAUGUACAUUACGGAAUCUGGAUUUUCCAUGUAUAGAAUACAUUAUAUAAGAAAUGAGGACUGGUCUAAAAUGGUAAAUAGAGCCAGAAAUGAUUAUUUGAACAAUGGAAAGGUUAUUCGAUCUGACUCUUGUAAUGAGUUUCCAAAGCUCAGAUUUGUUCCUAAACAGUCUGGAAUGAGACCCAUAUUGAACUGUAAUGCACCUUCAGGAUGUAAAGAAUUUUUUGACAACUUGGCAACCAAGUAUAAUCAUAAAUUUAAACCUUAUUGCAAGUGUUACAUGUGUACAGUCAACAAGAAACUUCUCUACUCAACUAAUCUCAACAGAUUACUUAAAUUUAUACACGAUGCCCUGACUGUAAACUCUAAGAUUAAUCCGAUACUGGGAAAUGGAGUUCUGGGAUAUAACUCAUUUUACAAACAUUUAAAGAAAUGGUGGUUUAAACUUUCAAGGUACGUUAGAAUAGGAUCCGAUGUUAAAUUUUAUUAUUUUGUUGCAGAUUUGUCAAAGUGCUACGAACGAAUCCCACAUGACAAACUCAUGGAAGUUCUCAGGGAACUGCCACUUGUAGACUCAACUUUCUCCGUAGUUUACAAACGUUUUCUAGUAAAACUAUCCUCAAGUGUUAAUUCAUUUGCCAAGAUUGAAGAUAUCCCCUCCCAAACCAAAAGGGCUAAAAUCCUUACCAAAAAGAACAAAUCAAAUACUCAAAAAAUAAAGUUGAGUAAUUCUCAAAAGAGUAAUUACCUAUCUAACAUUAUUAAUACAAAUAAGAGUAAGGGUAGUGAUGGUAAUGUGAUUAAGAGUGUGAACCGGUUGAGUGCGAGGUUAUAUGGGAAUUCUGUUAUAGCAUCAGGUUUAGACUCUUCUAAAACUUUUACUAUUACUAGAUAUGACAUUUUGUCAGCAGUUUCAUCUUUGAUUGAAUCACAAAACGUUCGGCUUCCGAACUUUGGGAGUGAUCGGUACAUUAAGUUAAACCGCGGAAUUCCUCAGGGUUGUUGCAUUUCUCCUUUUCUCUCCAAUAUUUACCUCUCCAGCCUUGAUAAAUCACUAGAAUUUAAGCCAAAUAUUACUUUUACGGGUAAUGACACGCCUUUGGUUUUGCCAAACCUGUUGGUAAGAUGGAUUGAUGAUUUUUUAUUCGUCUCAACAAACCCUGACGAUGUUAAUGACCUCGCCAAACUUCUUUGUUACAACAACUUUGAUGCCGCUAUUAACACUAAAAAAGUUGUUACCAACGCUUCCCGUUAUGCCUUCAUUUCUUCUAGUACUAACUCUAAUACUGUCCUGUCUAAUCUCCAGCUUAGUCAGGAAAACAGUAGAACUUCAUCCCAGGAAGAGGAGACUCUAAAGUGGAUAAACUGCAGGUUUAACUUUGAUAUGUUAAAUAGAUUUAUAAAUGUAGAAAUUGUCCCAUGGAAGUUUUCUAACCUCAGGAUAAGGGAUACCAUUUCUCUCUCAAAAUCACGAACACAUUCGUUCAUGUUCAGCGUGGUUGAGCAGCGACUCAUAGGAUAUAUCAUGAACAAGCUUAGUCAUAAAACUUAUACUUGUUCUAAGAUAAAUUCACCUGAGUGUAUAGUAACUAACUCUUAUAUAGUUAUGAGGACUUGUGCUCUCAAAUUGCACUGUUCAAUAAGAGUUUUAGUCCAAGAUUUCGGCUGCUUUGUAAACUUGAGAUACUUUUACAAACUUAUUCUAAACCUAAUUACAAUCACCUCAAACUUAGUCUCCAAGGGAGGUUUAAACAUUAGAAGUCAUUACUUGAGGGAGAUUCUCAUGAUUGCCUUGAUUUACACAUUUAAAGACUCUAGCACCAGCUCUCUAAAGAGUAAAAAGAUCAGGAAGUUAGACUGUUUGGAGCUUAUAAAUAAAAAGAUUAUCCGGAAGCUGUUUCACCAUGUUAAUUCAUUUUUAAAUAAGGAUGAUUUAUUCUCUAUUGCCUCUAUUAUCGAGGAAAGGUAUAAAAUUCACUGGUCUAAAGUUUAGUAAAUCCCUCUACUCUUAUUAUACUAUUAUAUUUGA